GAUUUUUAGCGGAUUGCGUCAAGUUAGCAAAAAAUAAACAAACCUUCAUCAACAUGUUUUUUAAAUAACUUGUGAUUGAUAUUUUAAUCUUAUUUCUGGCUCAUAACAUUAAUCAAAUUAAUUGAAUUCAGUUUUAAUUUGUACCUUUGAACACACUCGCAAACCCAUAUUUAUAUAUCUAAUUAAUAUGUAAUGUUUUUUUGUUAAUCUUCACCUGACUGCUUAUGGUUCGUGUCUAUCUGUGCCUAGUUGGUGUUUAUAACUUGCCACUACCUACCGAAAUACAGUUUUUUCUCAUAGUUCCGAACUAAAAUUAGAAUCUUAUAUAAUGGAACCCGUGCCAUCAAAUCCUCUAGCAGAGGAACAGCAAAUCAAUGCAAACCGUAAAGGCCAAACAAUUAGUUUAAUGUCAAUCCAAGAUAACAAAGCUGGUAUGAAAGGGUUGGACAAAGAUAAAAUCAACCAAUUGCUAGAAAAAAUGUCUAAAGACACUCUUCAUUACAAACAUGAGCAAGAACGAGAUUUGAAAAUGGAUGAACAGAUUAAAAAAAUGAAAAAAGAUUGGAAUACCUAUACGAACGCAGCGAGAAAAAAUGCAAUGGAUAUGAUGGAAAAGGCUCGUGAAAAUCGUGGCUAUGAAAAACAAGCUCGUGACCUUAGUCAAAUUAUUGUUCACAUUGAUAUGGACAUGUUCUUCGCGGCUGUUGAAAUGAGAGAUAAUCCGAGUCUAUGUGAUAAACCAAUGGCCGUUGGCUCACUUCGUAUGAUAAGCACAUCAAAUUACGUUGCUCGUCGUUUUGGAGUACGUUCUGGAAUGGCUGGUUUUAUUUGUAUGAAACUUUGUCCUGAUCUAAUCAUAGUACCCUGCAAUAUGCGUAAAUAUUCUCAAGUCAGUGGAGUUAUAAUGAAUAUUCUAAGGCACUAUGAUCAAGAUCUUUUCGUAAUGAGCUGUGAUGAAGCUUAUCUCAACAUUACAAAUUAUGUUACUCAACUAUUUCUCAAAGCGAAUCCUGAUUGGGACAAUCCUGUUCUUGUUGCAGAUCAAGUGAGUGGUGAAAGGAAACUGAUUCCACAAUGUUGGGACCUAGCUUUUAAAGUUGUAGAUGACAUGCGAACACAAAUUCUCGAAGCUACUAAAUUAACUGCUUCUGCUGGAAUCGCAACUACAUCUAUGUUAGCUAAAAUUUGCUCUGAUUUAAACAAACCCAAUGGACAGUAUAUGUUACGAGGAUCGAGUUUUGAACACAUUCAGGACUUUGUAAAUAAAUUGGAUGUCCGUAAAGUAAAUGGCAUUGGUAAGGUUCAAGAAAAAUUCCUCAAAGCUUUUAAUAUCAAUACUGUUAAUAAUAUUUGGGAUCGGCGGGAUGUUAUACAAUUGCUUUUCAAGCCCGCUGCUAUCGACUUCUAUCUCAGAGUUUCACUCGGAUUGGGAUCUUCUUUUACCAAAGAUGAAGAAGAAAGAUUGCGCUCGAAAGGUCGUGGUAGCUCUUUUAAAGCUACUAAUGAUUUCAAUUGGUUGGAUAAUCGAUUGUCAGAACUCUGUUCGAAGCUAGCUGAGUCUCUCAACGAUCAUGGCUUGAAAGGUAAAAUGAUUGUUCUGAGAAUGGAAAAAGAUACAUUCGAUGCUUUUGUUAAAAGUCGACGAUUAUCGUUUUACACAUCUGACUUUACAAUCAUUCAUCAAACAGCUAAAUCAAUUCUGAAAGCACAAUUAUCUGCCAGUAGUGGCUCUAAAUGGAGAGCAAUGAGAGUUAUGGUAACUCAUCUCAAUGUAAACGAAAUUACUCCAAUUGAUGAUAAGAAACAAAUGAAAUUGGAUAAGUUCUUCAAAAAGUCUGUUCUGUCAAAUGAUACUUCGCUUAAUGAAUCACUGAAUGACUCUUUACAAAAAAUGGAACAUUGUGAUGAACUCCAAAAUGUUCCUGAUAAACAAAACAUUCUUGUCAAAUGCUGCUCCAAAACAUUCAGUGAUUAUAGCGCAUUUGAAAAACAUGAAACAUCUUGUCUAGAGGACCAACUAAGUCAAAGCUCGAUAGAAACCAUUGACGUCGAAUCUGAUGAAGAAUCCGAUGAAUAUUUAUGCACGAAUUGCGAUGAAAAAUUUCUGAAUUACAAUGGAUUGGAGCAACAUUUAGCAAUUUGCUUGGAAGCUGUCUUCUGUGACGCUGUUAUUCAAGAAGCCUCUACAGUAAAUUUGAAUGAACAUAAUUCUUCGAAAAAUCCCGUAAUUAUCCCAAAUACUGGUUGUCGGAAAUUAUCAGAUGACGAUAAAGAAUCUGCAACGAGCCAAAGAAACCGAAAGGUUAUGAAACUUUGUUAGUCUAAACAAAUUUAAAUCAACGUCCACAUUCAUAUUUUACUCAAAAAUCCAAAAAAUUUUAUUGCAAAGCAUUUUCGUAUCUCUCUUGAUAUUGCUCAUAUCAAUCAAAAAUGUACCAUUUAUUUCAUCCGAUUUCCGUUAUUUGUCAUAAGGUCUUUCUUCAUUGGUACUCAUUAACACUUUCUUUCAACUGUUU